AUGUUACAAUACAGUGAUGACCUUGUCGACAGUGACAAAAAAUACAGGAAGCUAGUGACCGAAGGUUUGAAUGCAGAAUGCAAAGGAGACAUAAUGGAGAGCAACCACAAGGAAAGUUUCGAUAAUGAUACAGAGGACAAGUGGGAAGAAGAGAUUUACAGCGAAGAAGAGAAUGCAAAUACUCGUAACAAGAACGAAGAUUUUGAAUGUGUUGAGAUCUCAGACAGUGAGGAGAGUCGAAAAUUAGAUCCUGAUUACCUCUGUAGCGAAGAGUCGGAUCCAGAUACCUCGACACAAUCAAUCACAUCAAUCUCUUCCUCCUCUCUCUCUCAAGAAUGCGAGGGACUAUUGACUGAGCUAAUUGAGGUAAUUGGCGAGGACAAAAUCAACGAAGGAUCAUUCCUUGAUAAUGACGAAGACUGGCGCCAAAGGGUAAAACAGUUUAAAAGUAGAAGAAUAGCUCAACGCCAUACCUUCAAGAGUGAGCUCGAGUCUGCUGAGGAACUGGCGCGAGUCAACGAAGAUAGCAUGUAUGAGGCAUUUCAUGAAGCACUUGAUGGAGAUGAGAGCGAUAACGACCAAGCAUUGGACACAAACUGGGUCCCAAGCGACUGUGAAAUCAGUGAAAACGAUAACAACAAGACCGAAGGCCAACCUGGAGGCGUUGACCUAAGCACAGGAACACUGCUGACAGAGUUCUAUGAAUGGUUGACGGACGUAGACGGAGGAUAUCGAAGCGAAAAAAUGGCGCAGCAGUACAAAUCUCAGGUUUUAAGCGUCAUAAAGAGGCUUCAGAUGAAUGAAACGGAAGUCAGACACGACAAUCCAAAACCACCCGUGUACCUCCUCUUGCUUCCUGGAAAAGAAGGAGUAACUCUGUUGAAGCAAUGGUUGUCAUAUGCUGUUUCCAAGUACCAACCUGGAACUGUGCGCUCAUAUCUUAUGAGUUUGCGUUUAUUUUAUAAAUUUUUGACGCAAGAACGCAAACCCGACAUGUCUGAAGUAAGCGUUGACAUGUUAAACGCCCGCCGGGAUCUGAUGUCUUCCUGGUCAUCGGCCCAAAAGAAGAAAGUUCUGAGAAGAAAGCUUCAGAAGCACGAGGAAGAUUUUAAGAAACUGAUCACCAGUGAAAAUCUCUACCAAAUCUGCCAUGGUGAUCAGCGAAUAAAUGCAGUAAAACAGCUUGGCAAUUCGUCAAAGGAAACCAGUCAGGGGGCCGAGGUUCAAAGGAUAAUCAGCGACAAAACUCACUGCGAAGUAAGGGAUUGGUUGAUGACUCGUCUCGUCAUCGACAAUAGUGGAAGAAGUGGGGUCAUUGCAAACAUGACCGUAGCUGAAUUCAAGGACGCCGUUUAUCACUCGGGUACAGACGAAGACCAGGCUCGUUACAGAAUUCUUGUUAGUAACCACAAAACAGCUGACCAGUAUGGUUCUGCGGUUAUCUGGGUAUAUGACGAUUUGUACAAAAUGAUGGACAUGUACCUAAGAACUGUACGAAGCCAGUUCACGGCAGCUACCCCACAGGUUGAACAACUAUUCAUUUCAAGCAACGGGAUGCCCCUAACAUCUUCGCAGGUAUCAACGUCGGUAUGGCGAACUUUCCAGAGAGAGGGGAUUGUGACAGAGGGNCCUUUUUAA